UUUGUAGAUGUCACACAAACGAUCAUUAAAUAAUCCAUUCUUUGGAUGUAUUUUAAUUAAUAAAGAAGAAUUGGAAUCACUUGUUCAAGAAUUAAACGAGAGGUGUAUUAAAUGCUUCGGUCAGAACCAAAUGAAUAUGCUUUUUGCUAUUAAAUAUAAUCCUGACGAUAAAUUUAUUUGGCAAUUAGGAGUUCGAAUUCAUUGUUUUACGGUUCUUGACGAAAAACCUUAUAGAAGGACCUACAAUCUUUACCAAUUCCUCAAAUUUUAUCAAACUACAAUUCAAAUUCUAGACGCUUCAGAAGCAUCGACUACAAGUACAUCAGAUCCUUCGAAAGAUUUUAUGAAAAUUGCUAUUUUGGAUGAAAGUUGUUAUGUGGAAGACGGGCAAUGCAUAAUUUGUUUCGAUGCUCGUCCAGAUGCGGUUUUACCGUGUGCCCAUGCCUAUUGCUCUUCUUGUAUAAACAGCUUUUUGAGGAUUAACCAAAAGUGUUGCCCUCUUUGUCGACGUCCUAUGAAAGAAAAUGAAGCUUGGGUUAUGACAGAAAAACCAAGUAAAGAAUGCAUAAAUUUAUAUUUAGUUGAAUCCAACAGAGAAGGAACGACAUCUGAUUGAUUUUUAUUUAAAAUGUUUUCUAAUUUUUUUAAAGAAUAUAAAAAAAUAAAUAUUUUUAAAUAAAAAUUGUUCCAAGUGCUCUUGUAUACAUAAAUAGCUAAACCAAUGACCCUCUUUAAGGCCACAAUUUUAAUAAGUGAAACUAG